AAUGGUCGCCGAUCGCGGCUCCAACAAAAUGGCCGCCGCGAUCUCGCGCAUGCGCAAAAGGUGCAAACGGCCGUUCGGAUCUCGCGGCAAUGCGCGAGAUCCAAGAUGGCCGCUGUGCGCGCUCAGGGCCGAUGGAGGCGUACUCCACAGCCCAAAAGCCCGGGAAAAACGGGGGCAAAAUAUGCCGACCGCAACCCGGACCAAUAA